AUGGGUGACAGUCCGACGAUGUUGAACUUAAGCAAGCUAUUUCGACCUCGCCGGAAUAAGUUUGACGAACUAUCUGAAGACGAUCAACUCUGCGCAUUCCUUGCAACGUUUCCUACCAAACUUCAAUAUACAAAACCUGAGUUUUACUUUAUAUUAUGGGUCUUUUGGAGCCAACAAGAAGGAUCUCAAAACAAUAUAUCUUCCGGAGACCCUGGCCAAUGGUUGAUUCACGACAAGAUUAAAUCAUCGUUUUAUAAGUUUGAAUUGACUCUGUAUGACUUUGAUGGGAUAAUUCAGUUUUGGGCGCCAGUAAACACCGCCGGCAGACGUUCCCUUACAACAUCUGAUCAACCUUUUGCCAUUAACUAUCUUAACACUGGUCUCGAUAAAUUUAGGCUAUCUUCUCUCAAGUAUCGGUAUAAUAUUGAUGUGAAUAAGCAUGAUGUAGAAGACGACCCAAUGAUCAUUACUGGUGCACCAGCCAGCGCGUUCCUGAACCAAUUGCCGGAGAUAGUUCUUGAUCUGAAAGCUCACCAGGGGUGUCCACUGGUUCGCUCAGCUAUGGAGUGCGAAUUGUUGGCUUAUAUUGUGCUUCCAAUUUGUGAUCCUUCUCAGAACUGCUGUGUUGGUGUUGUUGAGUGUCUUAUGAAGCGCUCUGAUUGCUCUCUUGUGAUUUUCAAUCAGUUGAAUCAGGCACUGGAGAAAGUGGGUCUGAGUACGUUUGAUGUACGAGAAUGUCUGCCAUACAAAAGUAUACAAGGUCUCAAGCAUGCAAAGAAAGACAUUGAAGAGGCGCUGAAGAUUAUUUAUGAAUCUCAUAACUUGGGUCUUGCUCAAGUUUGGGUCCCAUAUGAAGAUGAGAAACAUGUGGGUUUUUCUUCUCAAACCAACCGAACUUUUGCACUCAAAUUAACCGGUUUAAAUAAUGGAUGUCUUGAUUGGUCUUACAACUAUUAUCAUAAUGCUUGUAAUAUGCUUGCUCUAAGAAUAGGGGAUGGACUUGCUGGAAAGACUCUUGAAAACCACGAACCACACUUCUGUAGAGAUAUCUCUAAAUUAAGUAAUACUGACCUACUAGUGUCAUUCACAGCAGAUACUAAAUGUAGUUGCUUUGGGAUAUGCUUAAGGAGCAUUGACACUAGUGAUUUUUAUUAUGUCUUUGAAUUCUUGUGGCCUAGAAAUCGAAACUAUGUUAUCUUGAUCGAGUCGCUAGUGUUAACAUUAAAGAGGUGUUUACCAAAUUUCAAGCUUGCUUUUGGACCGGAACUUGGUGAUGAAUUGAGAAUUAUAGAUGUGGAGAAUUCUACUGGAAGUAAAUUUGGACACUUUAAAAUUUUCAAAGGAAACAAAUUAUCACGAAUACCAUUGGAAUGCAUGCCAAAUGAAGCCAAAUUCAAGACAACUGUGAUUGAAUUACCUCGAAAGGAAAUCGAGCAACAAUUUGGAACAACCAUGAAAAAAGCUGCAAAAUCGCUUAAAGUUUCUUUGUCUACAUUAAAACGCAAGUGCAAGGUUCUUGGAAUUUACGAGUGGCCAGGACCAAAGUUUGUGAAGAGAAAGGUAAAUGAUUCUAGCAAGGAUCAAAGUGACAUGAAUGAAGAAGAUACCGGAGCAAUUGUAGACCCCUCGGCUGUCAAGGGAGAUAUUAAUUUUGAUGAAAAUACUUUGAAUAUUAAAGUAGAGUAUGCUGAUGAUAUAAUUAAAUUACAUCUUCCGCUCUUACUAGUAACAUUUAUAGCUCUUGACAAGGAAAUUGGCAAGAAGUUGAAACUGAAUCAUGGGAGUUUUAAGCUCAAGUAUCUUGAUGAAGAUGGAGAUUGGAUUUUAUUGGGUUCUGAGCAAGACAUGAAGUAUUGUAUAAGAAGUUCAAAAAAAUUAGAUAGCAUUGCAAUUCGACUACGUGUGCUACCAUGUGUACAUAAUAAAUAUGUAGCUUAA